AUGGAACAUACACCUGCUCCAUAUGGACCAAGAUCUGUUUAUGGAUAUGCUUUAUACAUAGGUUCAAAUAUGCUCUUUCUCUUAUUUUUAUUAUGGGCAGUAAUACCAGAUGAAGUUUUACAUAAUUUAGGGUUGACAUAUUGGCCUUCAAAGUACUGGGCUGUAGCCAUUCCAAUUUGGGCUUUAACUACUCUUGCUACAUUUGCAUUUAUAAUUUAUCCAGCUAUAAAUUUAUCUAUGACUCCAGAUAUAGAUGAUAUUGUUACUAUUACAGAUAAAUAUUCAUGUUCCAGAAAUGAAACUGUUUCAGGUGGUAUAUCUCCUGUAUUUGAUAUUCCAAUAACAGAAGUUUGUAGAAAGUUAUAUUUACCAAGAAAGGAAAAAUAA